AUGACCAAAAACACGCCCAAGACAAUAGCUCAAGCCACCAACCCAGACAUUCUCAUCCUUGGCUUGGGAUGGACGUCCCAAUUUCUUCUCCCACUCCUGAGAUCGCGCGAUAUCUCUUACGCCGGCACGACCCGCUCAGGCCGCAACGACAGCAUCCCACUCACAUGGGAUCCCUUCUCCGACAGCGUUUCCAACCCUAACAGCAUCGAAAAGUUUUCUUGCCUGCCAGGUGCUAAGACAGUGCUGAUCACAUUUCCACUUGGUGGUCGUGGGCGCGAGAGCAUCCGAACUUUUCUCGAAAUAUAUUUCUACACCCACAAAGCGAGUGAGAAGACGCGAUGGAUCCUCUUCGGUAGCACAGGCGUCUUCAAAGGCGAGCACUGGAAUGAUGAGACUUCUCCACAGGACGAAAGCAGUGAGCGGUGGCUUGCUGAAGACCAGCUGUUGUGCCAGGAGAAGGAGAAUGCGUGUAUACUCAACCUGGCGGGUUUGCAUGGCGGUGAGAGGCAGGUGAAGAAUUGGAUUGUGAGAGUUGCGAAGACGAAGGAAGCUGUGAAGGGGAAGACCGUUGUCCAUCUGGUGCAUGGACUUGAUGUCGCGAGGGCGGUUGUGCUUUGUCUUGAAAAUUGGGAGAGUGUCGAUAGAAACAGGUAG